GCAGCAGGCCAAGGAGGCGACCAGGGAGGAAUGGCGGGUGUGGCUCACGGAGCCGAAUAUCUUCGGGAGGCGCACAAUAGAUGCCAUCCUCCCUGGUCUAGACGCCUGGCUAGAGCGUCCUUGGGCGCGAACGUCCUUUAGGACGACGCAGGUACUCACCGGACACGGCUGUUUCGGUGGGUACCUGCACAGGAUAGGUCGCGAAAGAGACGCGAGAUGUCACCACUGUGGCGCCAAUGAGGAUUCGGCCCAGCACACUCUGGAGGUAUGUCCGGAGUGGCAGGCUGAGCGCCGGGUCCUCACCAACGUAGUUGGGCAAGAUUUGUCCCUGGGAGCCAUAGUAAGGGCGAUAACCAAGGACCAAGAUAAGUGGAGUGCCUUCUCCUCCUUCU